AGCUGUUUUUCCUCGCUGUUGUGUCUUCAAAAGCACCUUUACAGGGUGAAAGAUGGACCUUGUGCUGAACGUUGCAGAUCAUUACUUCUUUACUCCAUAUGUAUAUCCAUCAUCAUGGCCAGAAGACAAUCCUCUGCGCCAAAUCAUCGGUCUGAUGGUGGUCACCAACCUGGGUGCUGCAAUUUUAUACCUGGGCCUGGGUGCUUUGAGCUACUUUUUUGUUUUCGACCACAAAUUAAAAGACCACCCUCAAUUUUUGGAGAAUCAGGUGCAACGUGAAAUAAAGUAUGCUUUGUGGUCUCUGCCCUGGAUCAGCAUACCCACAGUAGCACUGUUCUUCGCAGAGGUCAGAGGAUACAGCAAGCUCUAUGACAGAGUCGAUGAUUCUCCUCUUGGUUGGUCAGGGCUGAUUUUCAGCAUGGUCUCUUUCCUGUUUUUCACUGACAUGUGCAUUUACUGGAUUCACAGGUUCCUUCACCACAAGUUGAUAUAUAAGUAUUUCCACAAACCACAUCACGUUUGGAAGAUUCCCACACCAUUCGCCAGCCAUGCUUUCCACCCUGUGGACGGAUUUCUUCAAGGCCUGCCGUACCACAUCUACCCCUUCUUCUUCCCUCUGCACAAGGUUCUGUACUUAAUCCUGUACGUGUUUGUCAACAUAUGGACCAUCUCCAUCCACGAUGGGGACUAUCGUGUACCCAACAUGAUGGAGGAGAUCAUCAAUGGCUCCGCUCACCACACUGACCACCACCUCUUCUUUGACUACAACUACGGCCAGUACUUCACCCUGUGGGACCGUAUUGGAGGAUCCUACCGCUACCCUUCAGCCUUGAUGGGCAAAGGGCCACACGACCAAAUUAAAAAACUGAUGGCAGAAGGGAAACUGAUCACAAACAGCUCAAAGGGCCACACUAACAAUAAUCAAAAAAAUGGUAUUCACGUCAAGAAAGAGUAGGUAGGCAGGUUUCAAGGUAGGACUUUUGAUCUUAAAGGGAUAAUUCACCCAAAAAUGGAGAUUUGCUUGUUUAUUCACUCUAAGGCCAUCAACGAUGCGGGUGUCUUUAACUCCUCAGUAGAACAAUAACAAUUAUUUUUAGCAGAAAAUGAAUACCAGUUUCUCCUGAUGAUAAUACAUUAAGGUCUUACACUCUAAUACACUAACUGCGCAUAAACGAUGUGGGGUGCGUACACUAAAAUCCACUCCAAUAAUAAAAUUUAAUUA